UCCUCAAUCUCCGGCACUGGAGGAUGGAUGAAAUGGGCGGAGCGUAUAUGCUCAACUUUUUGCUGUUGUCUGCAGUGAUAUCACAGAACAUAACACCGUGGGUAAUAUGAAGCCUUCCGAAAUCACUCGCUUUCGAUCAACAUUCCGGCCAAUCUUUUUGACAGGUACGAUUACAGGAGCUUAAUAAGCAUGGAGACUGAACGGAGGGAUGCCAGCAGAGCCCCUCAACCUACCAGAAUAUUGCUGUUGUCAACAUCACAGUAGUCGCCGAUAGGUCCCUGAGAAGGCCUCGGAGCCAUGGAACAUAAACUACAACAGAGGGACAAAAACAGGCCCAGCUACUUUGGCAACGUCAAGACCAGGCUGGGGUCCAAGCUCCCUCCUGGUGUUGCUCAGCCCCCCGGCUUCAUCGCCGGCCCCUGGGAGACAGGGCCUCAGACCGGCCCAACCAAGGAGGCCAGGGACAGCGGUCAGUCCCACCGUGCCGUGGGGCGUCCCUUUGACCACGUCCGCCACAUCCGGAACCCCCAACUGCGCCGGUAUUACCUCCAAGAAGCUACAUGGGUACCAGAGCGCGCCACAGAUAAAUCCAGGGAAGAGGGUCAACCAUCUGAUGACAAAGCAGACUGUAUGGCCCACCAUGAAGACACUGUGUUCAGUGUCACAUCCCAGUACAGUAGCCUGGGAGAUCAGACCAAGCUGAACAGGCAUCUCUCCACCUCCUCCUCCCUCAUCUCCCGGGAGCACCUCCGCAUUCCCAAGAGUAAAGGCUCUGGCCAAGGCUCACCUCCCGUGGCGACGCACCCUGACCCCGACCUCAGGCUGGAGCCAGAGUUGGACACUGACCCAGGGCUUUCUCCGGCCCCAUCGCCCAGCCCUCACUCCCCGUCACCGGACACAGAGUAUGACAAGUUACUGGAUGUGGAGGCAGUGCCAAUGCCUGAUGGACAGAUCUGCCUACUGGCCCUCCCACCUGAGUGUUCCCUGGGGGAGGGGCCAGCGGCCAUGCCGUACCUCAAGCUCUUCUGCCGCUACAUCACUGACCGCAAGGGUGUGGUUUCUGGUAUCUUGCUGGUGACGUCCAAUAAGAUGUUCUUUGACCCGUGUAAGACCCACCCGUUGGUGAUAGAGCACGGCUGUGAGGAGUACCUGCUGUCCUGCUCAGUGGACAGCCUGGCCUCGGUCUCCUUCUACUCUGACAUCUCCCACGUGCACUUCAACUCCUCCACACACAGGUGGAAUGGAACUAAAAACAUACAGAAAACUGGCUCCAAAACUGUCAAGAUGCUCGAGCAGGGUGGGAGGCGAAGCAGCAGUAGCCCUCCACACCACAAGGGGGAGACUGUCCCAGCACUGGUGUCUGCUGCUACAUCAGAGCUGAGGUCUGCCCUGGCUCUGAGCCUGGUCCAGGGGUUCUCUGAGGGGGAGAGGAGCAGUGACAUGGCUGAGUGGCAGCUGGAGGGGAAGGGUAGUCCGCUGGAAGAGCUGGCUGUGCAGUCAUCCAGGACUGUGGGAGGAGCUGUGUUGAGCAGUUCUGCCACCUUCUGUUGUGGUGGACAAGAGGCAGCAGGGACAGGGAAUAAAGUGAGGAUGGAGCUGAUGGACAGAGAGGGUACAAAGAAGCAGCAGUCUGUGAGGAAUCAGAUACCAGGCCCCUCUAGACUGUCUUCAGGGACUUCUGGAGGUCUGGUGUUUGUCAGGCUGCGACUCCAGCAAUCCACUGGGAAGAAGAAAGGUGUGGCUGCAGGCUUGCUGCUGGGGACAAACAAAACCUUACCCCAGAGGGACUCCUGGUUUGCCUUCUCCCAGGAGAGCUCAGAUGAGCUGUAUGCCUACAUGAACCACUGGAGGCCUGGCCUGUGCAUGCUGGAGGGAGGGUCGGAGGAGGGCGAUGAGGAGGAGUUUGUACUGGUUGACGACAGAGAAGAGGAGGAGACGGAAGAAGAACAGGAGGUGUCCAAGAACCAUGGGCGGACUGGGGAGGACUGGGAGCUGGUGACAGUGGAGGAUGAUAGAGGGAGACUCCCCCUGGACAUGGACAAAGAUCCAGAGGGACUGUGUGAGAUCGUAGCCCAGAGUCGCAUCUUAGACGCAUCGCUUGUCAGAGAGCUCUCAGUGGAACUGCCACCCAGGACAGUGGGCCACACGUGGCAGCUGGCUUACAGCACGUCUCGUCACGGCUCCAGCCUCAAGUCCCUCUACCGGAGGCUGAAAGGGAGCGACUCACCUAUACUCAUGGUCAUCAAGGACUCACUUAAUCAGGUGUUUGGGAGCUUCCUCUCUCACCCUCUGAGGCCAAGCGAGACCUUCUACGGCACAGGAGAGACAUUCCUCUUCAUGCUGCUUCCUCGCUUCAAGUGUUUCAAGUGGACCGGAGAAAACUCCUUCUUCAUAAAGGGAGACCUGGACUCUUUUGCUAUCGGAGGAGGAAGUGGUCACUUUGGCUUGUGGCUGGAUGAAAUGCUGUACCUGGGCAGGAGUAGCCCCUGUUACACCUUCAACAACUGCUGCCUUUCGGAAAGAGACGACUUCCACGUCAUGGAGCUGGAGGUGUGGACAUUCUGGUGAAGACAUGAACUCAACUCACCUCGCCUAGCAACACAUACUGACUCUCUCUGGCUGUCCAAUCACUGCAUUAAACAGGACUCUAGAAAUCACAUUCUAGUACAAUAAGUUGUUGGAUGUACCCGAGUAUUUUGACUUAAAUGUGUAGUUUUGGGCUGGAAACUCAACUGUAAAUAUUCUGAACCCUACUACUGAAUGUGGACCAAACUGUUAUGUGGAGGGGUAUUGGUGGUUUGGAGAUUGUACCCUCGCUGCAUUGGAAGACUUGUCCUGUUGCAGCCCCCCACUCCUUCCGCAGAUUGGUAUGGUCCUCACUUUCAGGUGACUCGGCCUUGUGGAUACUGUUAUUCUAUGGUGGAAUUCAAAUUUCCUUCAAACAAUGGAUCUCCCCAUCUAAAGGCCAUGCCUGCCUGCAUUUCCACCCCAGCACAACUCGCACUCUUAUUCUGGCACCAUAGUUUAAAAUUAAUGAAUUGGAGGAACUGAAAUCACUACUCCUUGUUGCAUAUGAACUGGGGGGUGGUAGGGGGUCUAAACUUACUACCUUUAGAAAUGUUUCAUGUUACCUACAUACAACCUGAAAUUUACCCAUACGUAGAAUGUAUGCACACAUGACUGUAAGUCGGUUUGGGUAAAAGCGUCUGCUAAAUGGCAUAUAUUAUUAUUAUUACUCAGAUCUAAUUUCUGAUCAAUGUUCACACAGUACAACACAAAUAGACGUUAUGUCUUUAUCUGAUACUUCUGGGACACGUCGGUUUCAUCCAGUGUUCAGCGCAAGCUCACUCAAGACUACUUUUUAGUAAAGAUCCAUUUUUAUUUUUUGCAGACAAUUUGCCACUCAGUCAAAAAGCCUAUUUCAAGGGGAUGACUCACCUCUGCAAUGGCUAAAUGUGCUGCCUACAUUGCAGCGCUUAACAAGAGGCUGAUGGAGAAACCUUUCCUAAGAUGUGACCCAUUUCAAAGUUUAUCACAUGUACACGUGAUAGAAUCCACAAUGAUUAACUUCUUCUUGUCUCUAAGUUCAUUUUGUUAUAUAAUCUUUGGUGUAGUCACCCCUUAAGUUCAGAUCUCAUGGUCAAGGUGUUAAGAAAUAACUAGUCAGUCAACAUAAGACUGUUGGCUUUCAUAAAAAAUAUUAACAAAACAAACAAUUAUUACAUUACACAUUGUGCCACCAUACAGCUUUGUUUCCAUGACAGCUGUUGGCAACCUCGGGGGAACAGAGCGGGGGUGUUGCCUGCAGAAGCUUAAGCAAUGACAUCAGGCCCUACCCAGCCAACUUUGGACUUUCAGGCAAGGCCGUCACAAACUGCUGAAACUCUAGAGGGAACGACUUGACCUGCCCCCCCAACAGAAAUAAAACGUGUGGUUCUUUGCAUAUUGAGAGAUAUAACAAAUAAAACAGAACAAUGCA